GUUUCGACCGAGUCGCGCUCGAGAGUUUCAGUUGACAGUUGGCUUUCGAGCAGACCAGUUUCAGUUUGAAGUUUUUCCUUGGUGAGUUUCCCGUCCCGAGUAGAGUGUCCGUUGUGUGCGGUUGAAAUACGGUGUCAGUACCAGAUACAGGCACUGGAGAAAAAUUAGAUCAGACGAAGAAAAGCUCCUGCUGGUUGAACCUUGAACGUCCCGUUGGAUAGAAGGUGUGUUUUUCCGUGUGGGUGGUGUAAUCGUAAAAUUUUUGACCUGCUGCAGAGAAUUGAAAUUUUCCAUCUGAGCUCUGAAUCUGUUAUCGUAUCGGUUGGAGACUUCCCUGCAACAUGAGCAACAAUGGUCCGGGGGUCACGAACCCCAUGCUGUAUGAUCCACCGGAGGGACAGGCUUCCAACAGCAAGCUUAUGCAGUUUGUGGCCGGUGUUGGCGUGUCCCUUGCGGCUGUCAGUGCCGGAACAGCUCUAGGCUGGACGUCCCCAGUGUUGCCACAGCUUGAACAAACCAACGUCACCGUUGAUGUAAACGGUACCACCGAUGGCUUUUACCUCACUGCUGAUCAAGGAUCAUGGGUAGGAUCGUUCCUUGCGGUCGGUGCCUUCUGUGGUGCCCUCCCGGCCGGGUAUCUGGCGGAGAAAAUUGGUCGCAAAUACACCACCAUGUCGCUUGCCCUACCCUACCUUGCCAGCUGGUUUUUGAUCAUUUUUGCCAGCGGUGCAGGAAUGCUAUAUGCCGGUCGAUUCCUGAUAGGUUUGGCUACUGGAGCUUCCUGCGUUGUCGCCCCUAUGUUCAUAUCGGAGAUUGCCGAAACGGCCAUCCGUGGCGCCUUGGGGGCUUUCUUCCAACUGUUCCUGACGGUCGGUAUUCUGUUCGUGUACGCCAUCGGACCGUAUGUUACCUGGACAACGCUUAGUGUCCUAUGUGCUAUCUUCCCGGUGCUGUUGAUUGUGGCAAUGCUGGUCGUGCCGGAAAGUCCGACCUACCUGGUGAAGCAGGGACGCCGCAGCGAUGCCGCCGUUGCACUCAAGUGGUUCUGGGGAUCAAACUGCAAUACUCAAAGCGCAGUGGAAGCUAUCCAGUCCGAUCUGGAUGCGGUUAAGGGCGAAGCCAAAGUGUCGGACCUGUUCACUAAGGUCACCAACCGGAAUGCACUGUUCAUUGCAUUGUUGCUGAUGUUCUUCCAGCAGUUCUCCGGUAUCAACGCGGUUAUCUUCUACACGGUACCGAUAUUCAAAUCUGCCGGCAGUACGAUGGACCCGGCCAUUUGUGGUAUCGUGGUCGGUGUGGUGCAGGUUUUGAUGACCUUUGUUUCGUCGGUGUUGAUUGAUAAGGCCGGACGUCGGAUUCUACUGUUGCAAAGCAGUUUCAUCAUGGGUUCAUGUUUGAUUGUUCUGGGGGUGUACUUCAAGCUGCAAAACGACAAGGCAGAUGUUUCCAACAUCGGAUGGCUUCCGUUGGCUUCGGUCGUACUGUUCAUCGUCAGUUUUUCGCUUGGCUUCGGUCCGAUACCGUGGAUGAUGAUGGGUGAAUUGUGCGCACCGGAUGUCAAAGGACUUGCAUCUGCCCUGGCGGUCAUGUUCAACUGGUCGCUGGUGUUUCUAGUCACGAAAACCUUCGGAACGAUGCAGGACUACAUUGGGUCGGAUUGGACGUUCUGGUUCUUUGGUUUCUGGAUGAUGCUGUGCACGGUUUACGUGUUCGUCAAGGUACCGGAAACCAAGGGCAAAACCAAUGCCGAAAUUCAAGCCAUCCUGAGUGGUAAAAAUUAAAAAGAAAAUAAAAACAGAAAACGGGGAGACUCAAUGCAGAGACUGGCAAACGAAACCACACAAACCAAUUAGGUUUUUUACCGUCACUGCUAACCUCAAUCGGAUGAACACUUUUUGACAGUCCAGCAGUACUGUUUGUAAACAGAAAUUUCUUUUGUUUGUUUAUUGACAAAUUGGAUCAGAUCAUUUACGGUCCGUAUCGCCUAAUAAAGUUUUAAAACAUUUGUUCACGAUUGAAUACGGUUCGGUUUUGAUAUUUAUUAAAUAAAAGUAACUCAGUUGCAAAGUGUAAAGAUGAUUGUUUUAGAUGUGCUCUUCGAUUUUUGUUUAAGCUUGUUUGUAAACAGUACCGCUGAACUGUCAAGGAUGAAUACUUGUUCAUUUGUGUCGUCACGAUAAAAAACCUAAUGGGGCUUUUCAAUGUUGUUGAAGCGCUUUAGUUGUAAUGAGUUUUGGUUUAAGCCAGGCCCGUGCGCAGGAAUCAUCCAUGGGGGGGGUUUCAAGGGGAGA